GCUCGGCUCGGCUCGCCUCGCGGCGGGCGCCCUCGUCGCCAGCGGCGCACCAUGGACGGGCUGCCCGGUCGGGCGCUGGGGGCCGCCUGCCUUCUGCUGCUGGCGGCCGGCUGGCUGGGGCCUGAGGCCUGGGGCUCACCCACACCCCCGCCGUCGCCCGCCGCGCCCCCGCCACCCCCGCCACCUGGAGCCCCGGGAGGCUCGCAGGACACCUGUACGUCGUGCGGCGGCUUCCGGCGGCCGGAGGAGCUGGGCCGAGUGGACGGCGACUUUCUGGAGGCUGUGAAACGGCACAUCUUGAGCCGCCUGCAGAUGCGGGGCCGACCCAACAUCACGCACGCCGUGCCCAAGGCCGCCAUGGUCACAGCCCUGCGCAAGCUGCACGCUGGCAAGGUGCGCGAGGACGGCCGCGUGGAGAUCCCGCACCUCGACGGCCACGCUAGCCCGGGCGCCGACGGGCAGGAGCGCGUCUCAGAAAUCAUCAGCUUCGCCGAGACAGAUGGCCUUGCCUCUUCCCGGGUCCGCCUGUACUUCUUUGUCUCCAAUGAAGGGAACCAGAACCUGUUUGUGGUACAGGCCAGCCUGUGGCUUUACCUGAAACUCCUGCCCUAUGUUUUGGAGAAGGGCAGCCGGCGGAAGGUGCGGGUCAAAGUGUACUACCAGGAGCAGGGCCACGGCGACAGGUGGAACGUGGUGGAGAAGAAGGUGGACCUCAAGCGCAGCGGUUGGCACACCUUCCCGCUCACAGAGGCCAUUCAGGCCUUGUUUGAGCGGGGUGAGCGACGACUCAACCUGGACGUGCAGUGCGACAGCUGCCAGGAGCUGGCCGUGGUGCCUGUGUUCGUGGACCCGGGCGAGGAGUCACAUAGGCCCUUCGUGGUGGUGCAGGCUCGGCUGGGCGACAGCAGGCACCGCAUUCGCAAGCGAGGCCUGGAGUGCGAUGGCCGGACCAACCUCUGUUGCAGGCAACAGUUCUUCAUUGACUUCCGCCUCAUCGGCUGGAACGACUGGAUCAUUGCACCCACCGGCUACUAUGGGAACUACUGUGAGGGCAGCUGCCCGGCCUACCUGGCAGGGGUCCCCGGCUCUGCCUCCUCCUUCCACACAGCUGUGGUGAACCAGUACCGCAUGCGGGGCCUGAACCCCGGCACAGUGAACUCCUGCUGCAUCCCCACCAAGCUGAGCACCAUGUCCAUGCUGUACUUUGAUGACGAGUAUAACAUCGUCAAGCGGGACGUGCCCAACAUGAUCGUGGAGGAGUGUGGCUGCGCCUGACAGUGGCGGGCGGGGGCAAGGCAGUGGGGCGUGGAGGGCAGUCCCGGGUGGGCUUCCUCCAGCCCCUGCAGGAACGGGGGGUGCACGGCAAGCUGAGCGUGGUCGUCGCGUUGGGAUGCAGAGAUGCUGCAGCCUGUGAGGCCUGAAAUAUUUUUCUACUACUUCAUAGAGCAACCAGUCAAAACCAGAGCAAGAACUCUCAACUGACAUGAAAUACUUUAAAAUGCACACGUAGCCACGCACAACCAGACGCAUCCUGCCACCCACACAGCAGCCUCCAGGAUACCAGCAAAUGGAUGUGGUGACAAAUGGCAGCUUAGCUACGAAUGCCUGUCAGUCGGAGAGAAUGGGGUGAGCAGCCACCAUCCCCACCAGCUGGCCUGGCCACUCUGAAUCGCGCCUUCCGAGCACACAUAAAAGCACAAAGACGGAGACAGUGAGAGAGAGCCCGAGAGCAAAAGCAGAUGCAGGCUGGGGGCCUGUGGGUACACGGGGGGCUGUGUGCCCCUCGGCUUUACCCGGCCUGCUCUGCCUCGUCACCUCCUGGCUCGAAUGUGUCUGCUUCCUCCCCUGCCCAGGCUCCGUGCUGGAGGCCAGGGGAGCCUGUCUUUCCACCCUUUUAGAGGGAAAGAGGCCCAGAGAGGACACUCAGAGACGUCAGAGACCGGGGAGCAGGGGCAAAGACCAUUUGACUGUUUGUCGCUCGGAUCCCUGACAUGACUUAUGUGUGUGUUUGUUUUUGGGGUGGGGAGGGAGGGAGAGGAGAGGGAUCUUAAUUUGAUGCUUUAACUAAUCGCCAACAGUUGACAGGUCAUUUGUGCCAGCUGUAUAACUGAAAAGGGACUUUUCUACCAGGUAUGACUUUUUAAGUUAAAAAUCUGAAUUAUUCUAAAUGGGAAGAAAAAAGUUGCAAUCUGUCCCUUCACUGGGGACAUUCCUCUAGGACUGGUUGGGGGAGGGAUGGGAAUGACCCCAGGAGGAAAGUUGGGGUGGAGGCAUUCUGGAAAUGCUGGGAGGAGGGGGUGCCCUCUCCGCAGAGGGCAAGGGAGGGAGCAGCUUAGUUGGUCUUGGAGAGUUGGGGAAGGCUGUCAGCUGCUUUGCAGAAGUUGCCCAUGGGGGCCCUGGCCACCAGGGCCAGCCACGGACGUGGCCCCUGCCCACUCACCUGCCCGCCUGUCCGCCCGCAUAGCACUUGCAGACCUGCCUGAACGCACAUGAUAUAGCACUUGCCGAUCUGCGUGUGUCCAGAAGUGGCCCUUGGCAGAGCACUGAACUUGCUCACCCUCUAGAUGUCCAAGUGCCACAUGAACUAUGCAAUUUAAAGGGGUGACCCACACUAGACGAAACUGGACUCGUAUGACUCUUUUUAUAUUUUUUAUACUUGAAAUGAAAUCCUUUGCUUCUUUUUUAAGCGAAUGAUUGCUUUUAAUGUUUGCACUGAUUUAGUUGCAUGAUUAGUCAGAAACUGCCAUUUGAAAAAAGAAGUUAUUUUUAUAGCAGCAAAAAAAAAAAUGAAUACAGUUAAAUGUAUUAUACAUAAUUUUGGAACCAAAGAGGCCAACAGAUCAGUUUUAAUUUUUAUUAGAUGGUGAGGCCGUCUUAUAUGAGGUGAACGUUCUGAACAGUCCCUCGAGUGGCCUGCCAAUGUUUCAGGGUAUAAAUGGAUUUUGUUUAUUCAGUUCGAUGUGUCUUUUCUAUCCUUACACACCCAGAAGGUAGAGUAAAACAUGACUGUGGUAGAAUGCAGGUGUGUAUCCUUAAAUCCUCAUCUUUGUGUUUAUUUAAUAAAGCUACCCUUAGGUUCUGUUUCAUAAUAAUUUAAAACCAAACAAUUUUCCCAUAGACUUGCUGUUAAAGUAUUUCACGUUUGUGUACAGUUUAAGAAAAUAAAAGAUUGAGUGCCACGGGC